UGUGGACUGUGAAUGUCAUAGACGUAUUCUAAUUUCUAUUCGUUUCUGUCACGUUUGUUUAUUUUCAUUUACGUGACACUAUUAUAUUUUAUUACUAUUUUUAAAUUAAACUUCUAUUGUUCAGUAUUUUUACAAACAAGAUUAUAUUUAUAUCUCUUAAGAUUUAAUAGAUGCUUUCUCAUCUUGACUAAGACUUAAAAAAAGCACUGUAAUUACCACACCGGUUUCCCAGUUAUUUAAUUGAAAAUUCAGGGCAUACCUAUGUAAAAUUACAGUUAUAGAUACAGAGAUAGUUUAGAUAAUUUUAUCUGUAGUUUUUAAUUAAGUUGUUUAAUAAUUAACUUCUGCUUAAGGCUAAAAGGCCUUUAAAUAGCCUUAAAUGAGCCUAGCAAUUACAUAGUUGAAAGAUAAUAACAGGGUAUUAUGAGUUAUAAGAAAUUAAUCUACAAUUUAAUUAUAACUACUCAGUUAAUUAUUACAAGUUUUUGCUAUGAUAAAUAUGGAUAUAUUGCUUAUUGUCCAUGCAUGGGUCGUUUUGGAAAUCAAGCAGAUCACUUUUUGGGUGCAUUACAAUUUAGUAAAGGUUUAAAUAGAACUUUAAUUUUGCCUCCAUGGGUUGAAUAUAGAUAUGGUGAAAUAAAAUCUUUACAAAUUCCUUUUGAUACAUAUUUUGAUAUUGUAUCACUGCAAUCUUAUCACAAAGUAAUUAGUAUGGAAAAUUUUAUGCAUGAUUAUGCUCCUGAGAUUUGGCCACCAAAUAAAAGAAUUGCAUUUUGUUAUACUCAAAGAAUUGGUGACUUAGAAAAUAGUUGCAAUGCAAAAUCUGGAAAUCCGUUUGGGCCUUUUUGGGAUACCUUCAAUAUAGAUUUUGUUGGGUCUGAAUUUUAUGGACCCUUGAAUUAUGAUGGCCAUAAUAAGAAUAUGAUUGAGAAAUGGACAAAUAAAUAUAAUCCCCAAAAUUGGCCCGUGCUUGCCUUCACAGGAGCCCCUGCUAGUUUUCCUGUACAAGCAGAGAAUGUACAUUUACAAAUGUAUCUUAAAUGGAAUAGUAAUAUGCUUCGUAAAGCAAAAGAAUUUAUAAAGAAAAAUAUGGGUGGUGGUGGUUUCUUAGGUAUUCAUUUAAGAAAUGGUCAAGAUUGGGUGAAGGCUUGUGAGCAUGUAAAGAAUAGCCCAAAAUUAUUCUCUGCUCCUCAAUGCAUUGGUUAUAACAAUGAAAGAGGAAUGCUCACAGCAUCAAUGUGCCUUCCAAAAAAAAAAGAAAUUAUUAAGCAAGUGAAACGUGUGCUGAAAAAGUUUAAUGAUAUUAAGUAUAUUUUUGUUGCAUCUGAUUCAAAUCACAUGAUAGAAGAUUUCAACGAUGCACUAGAAGAUUUUCAUGUUACCACCUUGAGAUUAACACCAAGUGAUCCACAUGUAGAUUUGUGUAUCCUAGGACAAGCAAAUUAUUUUAUAGGAAACUGUGUUUCUUCCUUUACAGCAUUUGUAAAGAGAGAAAGGGAUUCUAAAGGAUUGCCAUCAGAAUUUUGGUCUUUUCCAAGUCGUAAGAAAAACAAACAUGACGAACUCUGAUUCUUUCAAAAUUAUGAAGACACCAGUGUAUCACGAACUUAAGAAAUAAUAAUGAUACAUGUGUGUGUGGUAUGUGUGUAAUGUGGUACAGAGUUAUUCCGAUGUCUCAUGUCGAUCAAUUGUCGCCGCCGCUAUGCGCAACUCGCAAAUGUGCAGGACUGUCAAAAUCAGAAAAUUUAAAAGGAAUUAAGUAACCGUUUAUUUAUGAAUUAACAUACGAAAGCAUACGAAAAUAAUUAUAUUUAGAUGUGUUGAAUUCCUACAAUACAAAUUUACCUGCUCCAGUUUAGGCAAAUUGAUUUGUUUUUCUGGCACAAAAUGCACGGCGCAGUUUUCAUUAGUUAGUAAUAACAGAUCCAAGUAAUUUAAUAAAUUGUUGCUCAAAAGUGCUAAUAAAAUUGCAUAAUUUAUAAAAAUAAAAGAAAAAGUAUCAAUAUGUGUUUCGCGCGUAUAAUCAUGGUAUGUGCAUAAUGUAUAUUACAUAGGAGUUUUUGAAAUAUUUGUUUUUGUUCAAAAAUAGAAUAAAAUUUGCAUUCUAUAAAUAGAUAAUGUGGUAUGUAAAGUAUAUAUAAUAUGUAAAUUGUAUUUUUGGAGUAUUUUACAUUUGUUUCCCCAUUCUUGUGUAUUAUCGUUAAGACUAUCACAAUUUUAAAUAAAACUUGUAAGUAAUAGUACUAGUAAAUAAAA